AUGGGUACAAUAGACAGGGAUGAGGUAAGGGGGGCAGGUGAUGUUUAUAUGGGGGAAUAAAAAAAGGAAGUGUGCGACAUUAAAGGGCACGUACAACAACAUAAGGAAUGUACACCAAUAUCAGGCAUGGAACUAUUCAGAUUUUGUGUAAUUAUGCAACAUGAAAUUUGAUACUUGUUACAUAACCACACUUGAAAGUGAUCUGGCAAACAUUCGCAUUAAUACAUUUUUACAUUUUUGUCAUUUAGCAGACGCUCUUAUCCAGAGCGACUUACAACAGCAAUUAGGGUUAAGUGUCUUGCUCAAGGGCACAUCGACAGAUUUUUCACCUAGUCGGCUCGGGGAUUAGAACCAGUGUCCUUUCGGUUACUGGCACAACGCUCUUAACCACUAAGCUACCUGCCGCCCCAAUACUAGUUCCAUCAUUCAAAGAUGGGAGGGUAAACCAACAGUCAAACGUUAACUGCCAUAACGCAUCUUGCCUUAACCAUGCCUCUGUUGUCUUUGUGUGUGUGUGUGUGUUCUAGGAGGCGAUUGAGAGGAAGGAGAAGAGGGCAGAAAGGUUCCACUUCCGUGCAGAGGCCAACCUAGCCCAGAUGAAUGUGGCGUUAGACAGAGACACCAUGAAGAAAGGUACAUACACACACAGUGCUGGAUAGAGACAAGAUGGAGAAAGGUACAGACUUACCCGGCUUUUUAUCACUGUCACACCUAUGCACACACUGAAUACACUCUCCCUUUCUCAGCCAUCCCUAACUUGCGUCUGGAGGCGUUGCACGUGGCGGGUGUGGAUGAUAUGAGCACCCAGGAUGUGUUUUGCUACUUUAAGGAGCACCCUCCAGCACACAUUGAGUGGAUCGACGACACCUCCUGUGAGUAACACACACAGCGGCAACUGACAAUAAAUGGCCUGUUUUAACUUGUCAUUCAAUAUUGUUUCCUAGGUAACGUGGUGUGGCUGGAUGAUAUCACUUCCACCCGGGCUCUGAUCAACAUCAGCCACAUGCCUGACCCAGAGGUGGUUACCAAAGAGACAGACGGCACCAAAGAACCUGGUGAUCCCACCCAGGAGAGUAAGGGUGAGUGUGCAGGUACUGUUAGAAGUGUGUGCGCUUAUCCAUGUACUGUCCAGUGGGUGUGUCCUUGUUCCAAUGUUCAGUCUUUGUUUUAUGAUCAGAUAUAGUGGAUAAUAAAUACUGUGUUGAUGGUCAGAACUGCGAUGUGGCGCUUGUGUGGUCAGUGUGUGUUGUCAGUCGUAUGAGGCAUGUACUUGAUGUGUUUUGUCACUUAACUUUGCUUGCCAUUCUGUCUCAGCUCGCAGACAACGAGGUUCGGAUGAUGAUGAUGACGAGGAAGGAGAGGUGGAGGAAAAAGAGAUGGUGAAAGAGAAGAACAGUGAGGAGAGUGAGGGAAAAGCCAGUGAGGGAGAGACGGCGAGGAAAACAGAACCUGAGACCACCCAGGUAAAACUGUAUGCGAGACCGUGUGUGUGGUAAACGUUGCAUAUUAGUAACCUGUGUUUAUGUGGAAACGCUGCAUGUUAUUUACCUGUGUGUGUCAGGUGAUCCUGCUAUCCCAGACAGAGAGUGAGUCACUGCUCCGGAACGACCUACGUCCAGCCACCAAACCCUUCAAGGGCAACAGACUCUUCCUGAGGUUUGCCACUCACGGUGAGACACACACCACUAGACACACACCACUAGACACACACACACACACACACACACACACACAACUAGACACACACACAACUAGACACACACACACACAACUAGACACACACACACACAACUAGACACACACACAGACACACACACACACAUCACUAGACACACACACACACACCACUAGACACACACACACACCACUAGACACACACACACACACCACUAGACACACACACACACACCACUAGACACACACACACACAACACACACACACACACACCACUAGACAACACACACAACACACUAGACCACACACACACACACACACUAGACACACACACACACACACUAGACACACACAAACACACACACAACACACACAACACCACACACAACACACACAAUCACACACAAGACACACACCACACAACUAGACACACACAAAAAACAAACUAUACACACACACACACACAACACACAAAAGACACACACACACCACAACACACACACACACACACAAUAGACACACACACACACAACUAGACACACACACACCACACACACACACACACGACACAAAAACACACACACACCACUAGACACACACACACACACACACAGCACACACACACACACACAGACACACACACCAAACUAGACACACAACACACACACACACAGACACACACAACUAGACACACACACACACAGACACACACAACUAGACACACAGACACACACACACACACACAACUAGACACACACAAACACACAACUAGACCACACACACACAACUAGACACACACACAUUUAGCAACUCUCAUAACAAGUCACAAGUAUUAGUUUCUUCACAAUUUGAAUAUGUAUUUGACGUCUGAAGGAGUGGGAAGAUUAGGAUUCUGGCACAAUGUUUCUCUCUUUUUCAUUCAGAUGAUAAGAAGGAGCUGGGUGCUGCGAGGAAGAGUAGAUUUUACAUGAAGUACGGCAACCCCAACUACGGAGGCAUGAGGGGCAUCCUCAGCAACUCCUGGUAACCACACACACACACACACCUACUUGCUUCCCUACACACCUACUUUCUUCCCUACAACACUCAUAUAUAUAUAUAUAUAUGUAUAUGUAUUUCUGUUGUAUUUUUUUGACUUUGUUUUGUUUUACCCCAUAUGUAACUCUGUGUUGUUGUUUUUAUCGCACUGCUUUGCUUUAUCUUGGCCAGGUCGCAGUUGUAAAUGAGAACUUGUUCUCAACUGGUUUACCUGGUUAAAUAAAGGUGAAAUAAAAAUAAAUUUAAAAAACACUCAUUCAUUCAUACAUGCUGGAUAGGCACACCAGUUGACACUGUGGUGCGUCUCCAUGGCGAUACAGGGGGACAGUGGUGUGCUAAACCAUCAUGGCAGCCGCCACCAGACACAGUCAGACCCUCAUCACCACCGUGGCUGACUGGAACUGCUACACUGUUGUACAUUGUCCUCCUUUGGUCUUUUUUUUUGCUCACUAUUUCCUGACACUUUCUUUCUUUCACUUUCUUUGUCUGCACCUUCCCUCUAUCAGAAAAAAACAAGGUCGUAUAUUACUACUAACAUCUAUGUUAAUCAUCCGCUGCUUGAACACAAAAGAAGUCAUUCUGCUCCCCCAUCUUUCUUUCACUUUUCUCUCACCCUUUUAUUCCCCCCUCUCACUCCUUUUCUCUACUUCUCUCAUCUGUUUCUUUUUCAGUUUCUUUUCCCUUUUGACCCCCUUCCUGCUAUCAGAAAAAAGACAUGCUGGUUAAUCUAAAAUCCCCGAAUUCAUAACUGGACCUCGAAGCCAGUUCCACUGCUUUUUUAAUUAUUCCCCUCUAAUCAGCGACUGAUUUAAAAACCUGGGACACCAGGUGUGUUCAAUUAAUUAUCAGGUAGAACAGAAAACCAGCAGUACUCCGGACCUUGUAGGGUAAGAUUUGAAUACCCCUGGUCUAGAAGGUUAAGGGGAUAUGGUUAGGAUAGAAGUUAAAGGUAGAGGGUGGGUGCUAAUGUCUUUCUAUGUCACCUUCUGCAGGAAGAAACGGUAUCACACACGCAGAAUUGUGAGCAAGAGCAAGAAACCCCUCAUAGGGGACAGCAUGGGACAGACACCGCCCUACACACACAGACACUCUGGUAAGUACACACACAGACGCACACCUUCCUACACACAUACCACCCUACACACAUACAGUGCUCUACAAACACCAACCCUGGGAAGAACACACUCACGCAUCACCCUAAAUAUACUUACAGUGGGGAGAACAAGUAUUUGAUACACUGCCGAUUUUGCAGGUUUUCAUACUUACAAAGCAUGUAGAGGUCUGUAAUUUUUAUCAUAGGUACACUUCAACUGUGAGAGACGGAAUCAAAAAUCCAGAAAAUCACAUUGUAUGAUUUUAAAGUAAUUAAUUUGCAAUUUCUGAUGUAUCAAAUACUUAUGUCAUGCAAUAAAAUGCAAAUUAAUUACUUAAAAAUCAUACAAUGUGAUUUUCUGGAUUUUUGUUUUAGAUUCCGUCUCUCACAGUUGAAGUGUACCUAUGAUAAAAAUUACAGACCUCUACAUGCUUUGUAAGUAGGAAAACCCACUGUAGGUGACAAGGCACACACAAACGUUUACAGACGAGCCCCAACUGCCAUGUGCUAAUGUUCAUUUACAUAUCCCCUGUGUUAAUCUGACUUCCUCCCCCUCUCUUUCCUCCAUCCUCUCCCUCCUUUUUCUGCUCUCCCCCCCUCUCUCCAGCUGACCUGGUCAACCUGCCAGAAGAACCAAUAGAGGAAGAAGAAGAGGAUGAGGAAGAGGGGGAAGAGGACAUGGACUCAGACGACAGGGUAGUGGAGUACAAGGAGAAGAGGGGGAGGGCGGGGGGCCCAGGGGUGGCCCUGCGGAGUCGUUUGGGCAGGCCCUCGUCUUCCCCCUCUGUCUCGUCAGACUCAGACGAGAUGGACUAUGACCUGGAGCUCAAGAUGAUCUCAACCCCCUCCCCCAAGAAGAGCAUGAAGAUGACCAUGUACGCAGACGAGGUCGAGACCAACCUCAAGACUAUACGGUCAGUGGGUGUGGUGGACGAGAGUGUGUGCUGGGUGACGUGACCAUGUAUUCUGACAAGGCCAUGACCAACCUCAGAAGCCUACAGUGUGUGUCUGUGUCUUUUGUGUGUGCGUGUGCAGAAUGUGGACCUUUUUAAUGUAGGUAAAUGUAGCAAAUUAUUAGUUGGUGUUUUCCCUGUAUGUGUUCUUCAGACACUCUGCUGUUCGGAGUGACAGCGGCUCGGGGGGUAGUGGCAUCCGGAACAGGAUUGGUGGAGAAGGAAGUGGAGGAUCGGUGGUCAAGACCAAAAGCAUUGCGGUGGAGAAAGUGACGGACGUGAGGCAGCUGUUGGAGGAGAAGAGACGGAGCCUAUCCCAGCACAAACAGCGCUACCCUGUGGCCAGUAGUGGAACGACAGGUCAGUUGUCCUCCACUUUACAAAGGCAAAAUCAAUGUAAUCUUGUUCCCUGACACUGGGACACUGUGUAUGUAGAGUAUGUUGUAUUUAACCUGGUUCUGUUCUGGGUUGUGUGUGUAGAUGUGAGGCAGCGGUUAGGGAAGAGGCCGUGCUCUCCUGAGAGACGACACUCCGCCUCCCGAGACUCAUCCCCUCCCCGAGAGCCAAUCACAGAUGUGCACAGCCGACUGGGCGUUGUCAAACAAGACGCCCACGGCCUUUACCCUGAUUCGUCCAAAGACAGGAAAUCAAGUAAGGAAGAAAAACGCACAUGCCCAUCUACUGCUAUUAGUCAAUAAUGCAGUAGGUUUGUUAAAAAGACACUGAAAGAAAGUGCUUUAAUAUUGAACCCCCCCCACUCUUUCUCAAGGUCGUCUGUGGAGCAGGCUCGGCCCCUCCUCCCGCAAGGGCGACGUUCCCAAGCGGAAGCCUUCCAGUCGCGGAGUGGGGUCGGGAUCAGCCAGCUCCAGGUUGAGGGGACGGGGGCGGGGAGGAGAAGAAGACGUUGAGGAGGAGAACGACUCUGCACUGCAGAAGGUGUGGGGGGCCUUGGUCAAACAGAAGGAACAGCAGACCCACAAGAUGAAGAAGAGUCGGCUUGACAACCUGCCCUCGCUACAGAUAGAGAUCAGCCGGGAGAGCAGCAACGGAUCUGACUCAGACUCCUGAGAGACGGAGGGAGGGGGAAGGAGAGAGGGAGAGAGAGCGGUAUUGCAACGAGGUGGCAGAGAAUGAGUAGGGGAAAGAGACGUGUUGAUAGAAACUGAGUAGGGGAAGAGAGGUGUGAGUGAAAUGGAGAAUGAUUACAAAUGGUGGGGGACGGUUUAGAUCAGUGUGUGGAUUUGGUCAUGCCUUCAUCUAGAGCAGAAAGGUGACCAUCUCCACCCCCUGCCCUCCUCUUGAGUUAUCUCUGUCUCUCUCUGUCUAUCUCUGUAGGACUGUUUUGAUCCUUAUGGGACCCCGCCGCUGUGGCCUGGUCCAUCGUACAAACACAAAAGAGAAGAAUCUUUAUGAAAAUAAACGAGAAAAAAAAAACUGGACAGAAUUGUCUGGUGUGGAGAGAAGUUAUAUUUGUCAGGACAGGAGGCACAUUUUGUUGUUGUUGUAUCACAUGAUCUCUGCAGCCCAUGGGACUGGUGUUCUGAUCAAACGUGUUCCUGUGACAACAUUUUACCCUCUGAUAGCCUACCUACACGUCAAGUCAUGUCGAAUAUUUAAAGAGCAAUAUAAAUGUCUCUGUUAGCCCCUGUGAUGUCAACUACAGAAGAACUGUGACAGUGGAUAAGAUGCUGAUACUGAGCUCUCUCCCUCUGUCUCUCUGUGUUUGGAAUCAGACACUGUAUCAUACAGUAGAUGGUAUCUAUGUGUGAGUGACUUUGAACAACAAAUAUUUGGUUUGUGGCAUUUUCUUUCCUUCCAAAGGCUUGGCCCAUAGAGAAGACUAAACCAGAUGAAUCGAUUCUCUACUGAAAGGUUUUGUACUGUCUGACUGUUGGUAUUAUGUGCAAAUGGCCAAUGUUGAUAUUAUGCUUUUCAAGGCGGAAAAUCCUUCAUUGCUGUGCAAAGUCCUUCAAAGGCCCAUAGUACACUACUUCUGACCAGAGCCCUAUGUAGGGAAUAGGGUGCCAUUUGGGACGCAACCUUACAUUCCCAGACGGAAAA